AUGGAGAUGCAGGACGGGAACGGAAAGCCAGCGCGAUGUGGAAGUAGCUCCGCCACCCUCUUCCUCUUCUUUAAGCUUUUGGUCGGGAUUCGGAGAGGUCCCUCCCCGCAGGAACCCCACCCCUUUCCACCUCCUCGCUCCACUCCUUUUCUCCUCGACCGUCAGUCUCUCCAUUUCCCCUCCUGGUCCUGUCCUCCCUCCCGCCUCUCGCGCGCUCCCUCCCCUAGCUUUCAUCCUCCUAUCCCCACCUCGCCAACCUCCGCUUUCAUCCCCCUCCCCUCUCCUCUCCUCCCCGCUCCCGCCAGCCCCACCCCUGGGAAGCCCCUCCCGUCGGGCAGCGCCGCCUUUAUAAGCGGGUUCCCUGCCCGGGGGCGGCAGCGGCUGGUCGGCGGCAGCUCUGCUGGUGCGGGGGCGGCGAGCCGAGGACCGAGCGACCGCGGCCGGAGCGCGCCGGCCACCGCCCGCACCGCCCUUCCGCCCGCCCUCCGGACGGCCGCAGCCCUGCGGGUCUCCGCUCCAGACCCACCCCCGCCCCACCCCGCGCGCCUCUGCCGCCUCUUCCAGAGACCCAGCUUGCUGAGCGGCCGCCGCUGCCGCUGUCGCCGCCGCCGCCGCCACCGCGCCAGGUUCCGGCCGCGGCCACCCUCCGCCGUCCAGGGCCCCUCCGUCCCGGCCCCGGGACCCCGGCUCCCCGCCAGCCCCGGCCCCGGCCCCGGCACCAUGUCGGAGAAGAGCGUGGAGGCAGCGGCCGAGUUGAGCGCCAAGGACCUGAAGGAGAAGAAAGAGAAGGUGGAGGAGAAGGCAAGCCGGAAAGAGCGAAAGAAAGAAGUGGUGGAGGAGGAGGAGAACGGAGCUGAGGAGGAAGAAGAAGAAACUGCUGAGGACGGAGAGGAGGAGGAUGAGGGGGAAGAAGAAGAUGAGGAAGAAGAAGAAGAUGACGACGAAGGGCCCGCGCUGAAGAGAGCUGCUGAAGAGGAGGAUGAAGCGGAUCCCAAGCGGCAGAAGACAGAAAAUGGGGCGUCGGCAUGAGCCCCCCUGCCAAUGGGCUGGGGGUGGGAGGCCCCUCGGGGCCUGGAGGUGGGGGUGGGAACAGACGAGUGCAGCCACUCUUCACCCGGUUCCUUGCUCUGGGCCCUGCACCAGAACUGCCACCCUCUUUGUCCCCAGCCUUCUCAUGUCCGCCUCUCCAGACACUGCCCCUUCCAUCCUCACUCUGCCAUUGUUCCACCUCCCGACCUGCUCCAUCUGAGCUCCCCAAUUGCUCCUCUCCCUGUCUUUGCUCUCCUCUUCCCUUCCCCACCCCUCCUCGGGUAGCCUCUCCUCCCUCACCUCUGCAUCCCAGCCUCAUGUCCUGCCCAUCCCUACCCUGCCUGAUCCUUGAGUCUCCCUCAGAUCCCCUUCUCUCAGACAGCGCCAGGCCGGGGUGGGGCCAGGGUUGGGGCCGAGCCCCACAGCUGCCCUCCUCCCCUCCCCUCCCCUUUUUGUAUAAUUUAAUAAAGAAACGGUCGCGCUUCUGUUUUUAA